AUGAAUCAUUUGAAAUUUGCUGCAGAUUUUGAAGGUUUGGACGAAAGCCAAGGACGUUGCUGCAGCGUUGUAUUAACAAGAAGGGAAGCCGACUCUCAGGUCGCGUCGAUUAGACUGAGGUCGAGAUACGACAUAACUGGUGAAAUUUUUCAUUUUGAAAUGUCGUUGAAAAGAAGACUACUAAAUUCCAUAUCGAACGCGUUCUCCCGACCAGAACUGGAUUUCGAUUUUUUGUUGAAUGAAAAGAAUCUGGACCUAAUUAAAGAAAAUAUACGGUGUCGUAAAGGUAUUGGUGAUAUCGAUGCGGUCCAUAGAUUGUGGAAGCAAAUCCAAGAUUAUUCAGGAAAGCCGAAACAGUCCGAGCAGGAAUAUCAAUCGUUAUGGGAUAAACUUUACAAAGAAGCCAUGCUUAUACCGAAUUUGUGCCACCCAAGCGUUGCAAAGGGUAACUUUUUGAAUGCGCAUGUUAUACGAUUUUUUGGUGAGAAACGAAAAGACGAUAAUUUGGAAACUGCCGAAACUAUUGCAAAAGCUUGGAAGGCUCUAUAUAAUCCCUUGAAUGCAUGUGGUGAACGAAGUUAUGCAUUUAUCGGCCCUUUGGCGGAUAUGGAGCUUGCUUUACUUGAUUACGUUUCAUCGGUCCUGGAACAGAAAGGUUUCCUCCCGAUCGUUGUACCGGACAUAGUUCAUGAGAGUAUUCCUGAAGGAUGUGGAUUGCAGCAGAGAUCGGAGAAAGAUAUUUUGUAUCGGUUGAGAGACUACAGCGAUUUCUGUUUGUCGGGUACAUCAGAAAUGGGACUCAGCAGUUUGGUAAGCGGACGGGUUUUUGGAUAUGAUGAAUUACCUCUUAAGCUGAAAGCUUUAAGUAGAUGUUUUCGGCCAGAAAUUGCGACAAAUGCUGCUGAAAGUAAAUUGUACAGAGUCCACGAAUUCAAUAAGGUCGAAAUGUUUGUUAUUUGCAAUGAAAAUGAGAGUGACCUGCAGCUUGAUGAACUGGUCGAAGUACAGACUUCGAUUUUUUCAAGCUUAGGACUACAUUGCAGACUUUUGGAUAUGCCCUCGGAAGAAUUAGGUGCUUCAGCUGCUCGCAAAUUCGAUAUCGAAGCUUGGAUGCCAGGAAGAAAGAUGUUUGGCGAAGUGUCAAGUGCUUCAAACUGCACCGAUUACCAAGCAAGACGACUAAGUAUUAAAUAUCGUGAUUCGAAUGGUGUGGAAAAAUUCGCUCAUACUUGUAACGCUACGGCAGUUGCAACCACAAGAACACUUAUUGCUUUGUUAGAAACCUACCAAGAUGAAAGGAAACGUUUGCUGGCGUUACCAGACGAUAUUCUACAAAGGAUGCCCAAAACGAGAUCUUGGACUAUCAGCUUACAUAAGGCUGUAGAUAUAAAUACCAGUCGUAGUACUUCGUGA